UGUAAAAGAAUAAGGACGAGUACUCUUUUCUUGGAAAGUUCUAAUAUAUGUAGCCAAAUCUCUUCAUAAUUUUCAAUUAGGAGGAAUAAGAGAAAGAUGAGAUUAUUUGAUGUAGAGAAGCAAUUCGCCUUUUAUGGAGCAUACCACAGCAACCCAGUGAAUUUCUUGAUUCACAUGGUGUUUGUGGGGCCAAUCUUUUUCACAGCUCUUAUUCUCUUCUACUUUACACCCCCACUUUUGAAUUCCACUCCAAUUCAGCUAUAUGUAGAUAAUUGUUUUUUAGUCUUGAAUCUUGGGUUCUUGUUUACUUUGAUUUAUGCCUUUUUCUAUGUGUGUUUGGACAAGAAAGCUGGCUCUUUAGCUGCUUUGCUCUGUUUAUUUUAUUGGGUAUCGAGCAGUUUUGUUGCUCAUUAUCUCGGGUUCUCUCUCGCCUGGAAGGUUGUUCUUGUCGCUCAGUUAUUCUGCUGGACUGGACUGGUUAUAGGCCAUGGAGUGUUUGAGAAACGAGCGCCUGCUCUGUUGGACAAUUUUGCGGAAGCAUUCCUUAUGGAACCUUUCUUUGUACUUUUAGAGGCUCUCUGGACAUUUACUGGCUAUGAACCAUAUCCUGGAUUUCAUGCAAAAGUAAAAUCUACAAUAGAUGCUGAAAUCAAACAAUGGCAGGAGAAGAAACAUAAGAAAAUGUCCUAGGUUUGAAUCUGGUGAAGUUGUUACCUUAUCUAAUUGCCUCUGUUAAUGAGACCAAGUUGGUGGGCAGGCCAACUGCUUGUGUGCACAUUAGCUUAGGUUUGUGUAACUCCUUUGCAAAACCAACCCUUUAUUCUUAAUGUAAAGAUGGGUCUUCUGUAUUUUGUUGGAAUUAUUCAUUUUACUAGAAUAUAAAGGAACUUUUGAGUCUCUUA